ACAGUAUGCUCUUUCCGCUUCCUCCCGUCUCUCCAGCGCCAGCUGCGUGGUUUAGCUUGUUGGGUCCCGCUGCUGGCCGGUUAUUCUAUUAAUCUGCGUGUUUGGAUUGAUUCCCACCAGAAUGUCGUACCACGAAGAGGAGGAAUACGAUCCUUAUGACUGCGAUCUGCACACAGGUGAUCCUAAAGCAGAUCUGGCGUAUGAGCGGCAGUACGAGCAGCAGACCUACCACGUCAUUCCAGAGGUCAUCAAGAACUUCCUGCAGUAUUUCCACAAAACCAUCUCUGACCUGAUCGACCAGAAGGUUUAUGAGCUGCAGUCCAACCGCGUGUCCAGCGAGAGCAUUGAGCAGAAGAUCUACGAGAUUCAGGACGUAUACGAGAACAGCUGGAACAAGUUGACUGAUCGUUUCUUCAAGACGUCCCCCUGGCCUGAAGCUGAAGGCAUCGCCUCGCUUGUUGGCAAUGAUGCUGUGUUCCUCAUCCUCUAUAAGGAGCUCUAUUACAGACACAUCUACGCUAAAGUCAGCGGUGGACCCACUUUGGAGCAGAGGUUCGAGUCGUACUACAACUACUGCAACCUCUUCAACUACAUCCUCAAUGCAGACGGCCCCGCCCCUCUGGAGCUGCCAAACCAGUGGCUGUGGGACAUCAUCGAUGAGUUCAUCUACCAGUUCCAGUCCUUCAGUCAGUACCGCUGCAAAACAGCCAAGAAGUCCGAGGAGGAAAUCGAGUUUCUGAGGAACAACCCGAAGAUCUGGAACGUCCACAGCGUCCUCAACGUCCUCCACUCCCUGGUGGACAAGAGCAACAUCAACCGGCAGCUGGAGGUCUACACCAGCGGAGGAGACCCAGAGAGUGUUGCUGGGGAAUAUGGCCGCCACUCCCUGUACAAGAUGCUGGGCUACUUCAGCCUGGUGGGUCUGCUGCGGCUGCACUCCCUGCUGGGCGAUUACUACCAGGCCAUCAAAGUCCUGGAGAACAUCGAGCUCAACAAGAAGAGCAUGUACUCCCGCGUGCCGGAGUGCCAGAUCACCACCUACUACUACGUAGGAUUUGCCUACCUGAUGAUGCGGCGCUACCAGGACGCCAUCCGAGUGUUCGCCAACAUCCUGCUCUACAUCCAGAGGACGAGGAACAUGUUCCAGAGGUCAACCUACAAAUACGAGAUGAUCAAUAAGCAAAACGAGCAGAUGCACGGCCUCCUGGCCAUCGCGCUCACCAUGUACCCCAUGCGCAUCGACGAGAGCAUCCACACCCAGCUGAGGGAGAAGUACGGAGACAAGAUGCUGCGCAUGCAGAAAGGAGACCUGCAGGUGUUUGAGGAGCUGUUCAGCUUUGCCUGUCCCAAGUUCCUGUCGCCUGUGGUGCCAAACUACGACAACGUUCACCCCAACUACCACAAGGAGCCGUUCCAGCAGCAGCUCAAGGUGUUCGCUGAGGAGGUGCAGCAGCAGGCUCAGCUCUCCACCAUUCGGAGCUUCCUGAAGCUGUACACCACCAUGCCAGUGGCCAAGCUGGCGGGCUUCCUGGACAUGUCGGAGCAGGAGUUCCGCAUCCAGCUGCUCGUCUUCAAACACAAGAUGAAGAACCUGGUGUGGACCAGCGGCAUCUCGGCGCUGGACGGAGAGUUCCAGUCAGCAUCUGAGGUCGACUUUUAUAUUGACAAGGACAUGAUCCACAUUGCCGACACAAAAGUUGCUCGUCGGUACGGAGACUUUUUCAUCAGACAGAUCCACAAGUUUGAGGAAUUAAACAGGACGUUGAAGAAAAUGGCCAUCACUGGCACCACCACGGCGACGGGAACCGCCACCAGCCGAUGAGACCGAGCUGUGGUGUAACUUAGUUUCCUGAUGAAAAACUUUUCUAUGUUACCUGGAAACAAUAAAAUGAUGGAGUUGUCCAAAACAAGC